CUAAAUAAGAUGAUAUCCAAAAUUAUUUUUAUGAUCAUUCAUUUGUGUAUCAUUCAGCGGAAUAAUUAUAUCAACUGUACAACUCGAGCAGCAACAACAUCGGCAACUUCUGACACAACCGAUUGUGGAACAUUUCACGUGACAGGUCAUACACAAUUGUCUUCUAAUGAACAGAACUAUCAUAUAUAUGGCAAUUCAGGAGCUCAUAUUCAUUGCGUCAAAGGCUAUGAGUUUCCCGAUCACAGCAAUACUACUACAGUUAAAUGCCUUGAGACAGGUGCUUGGAGCACAGUGCCCACAUGUCAGCCUAAAGAUUGUGGAAUAUAUGAUGUGAAAGAGCACACAAGCCUGUCAACGAACGAACAGGACUAUCAUAUAUAUGGCAAUUCUGGAGCUCAUAUUCAAUGCGACACUGGCUAUGAGUUUCCCGAUCACAGUAAUAUUACGACAGCAAAAUGUCUUGACACAGGUGUUUGGAGCAAUGUACCCUUAUGUCAGCCUAAAGAUUGUGGAACAUUUCACAUGACAGGUCAUACACAAUUGUCUUCUAAUGAACAGCACUAUCAUAUAUAUGGCAAUUCAGGAGCUCAUAUUCAUUGCGACAAAGGUUAUGAAUUUCCCGAUCACAGCAAUACUACUACAGUUAAAUGCCUUGAGACAGGUGUUUGGAGCACAGUGCCCACAUGUCAGCCUAAAGGUAGUGUUAUUCUAACGUCAACUUAAAAAUAAUGAAGCAUACAAUU